AUGCAGGCUUAUAAAUUCUAUGUUAUUAUACUUAAUAGAUCCGGUUCGAUGGAGGGUGGACCUAUAAAAAAAGCAUCUGAAGCACUCCAAUUAUUGCUUCGUUCAUUACCUGAGGAUUGUUUUUUUAAUGUGUUAUCAUUUGGUUCUCAUUUUGAUUCCCUAUUUAAAAAAAGUCAACCUUAUUCUGAAGAUUCUUUUUUAAGAGCUUUCAAACAUGCUCAAGAAAUGACUGCAAAUUAUGGUGGAACCGAAAUUUAUAGUCCUAUAGAAUGGGUCCUUAAGAAUUCAAGAAAUGAUAUGCCAACUUCUGUUUUCCUUCUUACUGAUGGUAAAGUUAAUAAUGUUGAUCAAAUUGCAAAACUUAUCAAAUCUAGCGAAAAAAAGAAAAAGGAUGAUUUAAGGUUCUUUUCAAUUGGAAUCGGUGAUUCAGUUUGUCAUAAUUUAGUUGAAUCUGUUUCCCGUGCUGGUAAAGGAUAUGCGCAAUUUGUUACGAAUAAUGAACGAAUGGACAAAAAAAUUCUCGGAAUGCUAAAAAAUGCCAUAAAACCUCCUAUUAAGGAUUACCAUAUUACUUGGACUAAUCAAACUUUUGAAAAUGUUUUGUCAAAGAAAGCUAAGUCAGUUAAGAUGGACAAACCAACAAUUAGCUUCUUUAGUGAUAAUUCUGAACCACCACCAGUUGCUCAAAACAUCUUUACUGCUAUCAAAGUUCAACAAGCACCAUUUUUAAUUCCACCAAUUUAUCCUGGUGCCCGAUUCAUAGUUUAUUGUAUUUUAGAAAAAGAUGUUGAAGCUUGUAAAGAAAUUAUAUUGAGUGCAAAGUCUCAUGAUGGUCCAAUGAAACUCUCUAUCCCAAUAGAUCCAGUAAUUUUACAAGGAUCAAAAUUGCAUACACUUGCUGCUAGAAAGCUUAUUCAGGAUCUUGAUGAUCGUACUUCAUUUAUUCAUAAGCACCCAAAGAAUAGUGGGAAGCAAAUACCUGUUUCAUUUAUUCGUGAGCAAAUUGUGAAAUUAGGUGCUAAAACUUCAAUGUAUAGCACAAGAUCAUUAGAAAGUCAUGAAAGUUUUAAAUUUGCAGGUAAGACGAAUGUUCAUGAUAAUAUUCCUCCUGUACAAACAUUAUCUUUAACAAUAACCGAUGAACAAAAAUCAACAUUAUCAACAAAAGAUGAUAAUGUUCCAUUUCGAGAAAAAGAGAUAAAACUAAUAACCGGCAAACAGCAGACUGAUAAGAUAGUCCGACGACAGGUUGGAAAAGUUUGUUGUAAAGAUUCAAAUAUGGUUCCUGCUCCUUCUCAAUUAGCCUGUCUUACUCUGCCACCUUUUAAUAUUAAUAAAUUACCUUCAAAUGCUAACAUACCUAAACAUUCCAAUCCUAAUAUUAAAUCAAAAACUCCCACUGCUCCUUCCAGAAUGGUAAUAACUCCACCACCAAAAUUUUCUAAACCAACACUGAUACAGUCAAAACCUGCCAAAACUGAAGAAUCUUCUGAACGAUUAGCAUAUCAUCAUUCUGCGUUAAAUCACCGCAGAGAAACGAAAGCAAAGCGAUGUAAUCCAAAUGCUGUCUCAAAAACAAAUUGCACAUCUUUAUAUAACGAACCCGUUGUAACUGCAUUUGAAGCCACUUCUGAGAAAAUGAACCCUUCAACAAUCGUAACACUUUAUAAUUUUCUUGAAUUCCAAUCAUUUGAUGAUUUUGAAAAUAUUGGAAUUGAGAAUGAGAAAGUCUUAUGUUUGGCAUUAGCAACUGCAUAUUUAGAACUAAUAAUGUUUAAAACGUUUAAAGAGGAGUGCGAAAUAUGUUAUGAAAAAUCUAAAAAAGCUUUAAAAAAAGAAGUUGACGAUGAUGAACAGAAAAGUAAUGAAAUCUUGAAAAAAGUUAAAGGAUGGGUAAACAAAUGGGUUAAUGAAUGA